CAGCGACCCGCUGGAAGAGACGCGUCUUCAUCAGAGUCAGAGACCUCCAGCUUUAUAUGAAACUCCUGUUGAGUGUGAUCUAGUCAGAUUAAAAGAUUCAAGUCAGAAACACAUCAGUGAGGAUCAACAGAGGAGGAAGAAGAAGACAACAUGUCUACUGGGACAUCUGCGUCAUUCUGGUUGACUUUACUGAGCGUCGUCCUGUCUGUCUCUGGAGCUCGUCUGACUGUGAGUCCCAGCUUCUCUCAGGUCUUUAAAGGAGACUUUGUGUCUCUGAGCUGUGAGGAGGACGACAGCUCUGCUGGAUGGACUCUGAGGAGAAACACCACCACAGGACAGAGGACUCAGUGUGGAGCUGGGUUUGGAAAACCAGCUGGUUCUUCCUGUGACAUCAGCUACAUCCACCCAUCAGACAGUGGAGUUUACUGGUGUGAGUCCAGAGAGGGAGCAACCAGUAACAGCAUCAACCUCACUGUCUCUGGUGGACCAGUGAUCCUGCAGAGUCCUGUCCUCCCUGUGAUGGAGGGAGAUGACGUCACUCUGCUCUGUAAAACAAAGACCACUCCCUCCAUCCUCUCAGCUCUUUUCUAUAAAGAUGGCUCCUUGAUGAGGCCUGACCCUACAGAUCACAUGACCAUCCACCAUGUUACCAGGUCUGAUGAAGGCCUCUACAGGUGUUUCAUCAUCGGUCAUGGAGAGUCUCCAUCCAGCUGGAUCACUGUCACAGGUGAGGAGGUCAGAGAUGAUUCUUCAGCAGCUUUCAACAUUCACAAUGAGACAAUCAGUUCAUUAUUAACUUUGAUUCAUUCUAGAGAAACUCACCACCACCACACCUCC